GAGGGGUCCGCUAGGGUCCCAAGAUGCUGCUCUGCAUCACCUUGCUUUUCCUCCUGGGGCUGUCUGCAUGCACUGUGGCAGGUGACAAGAAACUGGCAGUCGAUGCUGAAGUAGGCUCCUGGGUGGCUAUGACCCUGGAGCCUCCCCUCAACUCUAAGGAACUCUCUGCUUCUUCAGGAAGAUGUCAUCCCCAGCAUCCUGCUUCAGCUCCGGGACAUGAAGAAGGGGAAAGCAAGCCAGUUCUUUGGGCUAAUGGGGAAGCAGGUAGGAGGAAGACCUCCCAUCCAGUCAGAGGCAACAGGGUAUCAGCGAGAACCACUGGUCCAGGGGCAAGGAGGAGCAACUACAGAAGCACUCUUCCCAGGCAAAGAGGAUGAGAACCAUGGGUCAGAGUGAGAGCCCCCACCCCACGCCUCCCAGAGGACGAAACCCCUCUCCUUACCUGGACGUGGCAGCCAACCAGCCGACCAGGCCAGCCCUCUGCUCCAUGUCUUCUGUGCUCAUCAUGCAUUCCUCCCACCACGCUGAACUCGCUGGGCUCCUCCCAGGACUCUCGUUCUCAAGCAGCGGUCGUGCGUAAAUGCACUGUCACCUCUGUAAGCUAGCUAAUGACCCCACACACUCUUGGACCUCACUGCAUAGCAGGAUG